GAAUCCGCUACCCAAUGCCUACAUGUCCGCCAUCCUGGUGGAUGUACAGCGAAUUGGCUGGACGAAGUCUGCCACUUUUAGGCCGUCUCACGACCCCAUGCAGUACGUUGCCAGUGAAAUUAAGGAGAGGCUACUGAAGGCAAUCGAUCGGGAUCACAAUGUUGUUGAUAUGCCAGGAGUGCUUGCUGUCAUUUCUCAGCUCGAGAAGGCCUCUAUCACACGCGAAGACUUGGAGCAAACGAGGCUCGGAAAGUAUGUCAACGAGGUGCGAAAGAAAACUAGCAAUGACUCACUGGCUAAGCGAGCAAAGAAGCUGGUUAAGACAUGGCAGAAGCUGGCGCUGCCGCAGCACACCGCGGGCGUCAACGGUGAGAGAGCGGGAACUACGUUACCUGCGAAGAGAUCGAGUCAGCCCGGCACGCCCUCUAUGAGCCGAUCCGCUAGUCUCGCGUCACUGAGCACACAGGAAUCUAACGCAGACCUUUCUGGUCUCCAAACUCCAAGUACUGCUGUAUCAAGUGGAAGACUAGUUGGUCCUGUUUCUAGCGAGACAUUGGUCGGCGCUGGCGCAACGAAUUCCAGAGUUUCGAGUCCCGGCCUUCACGGCGGCAGAGUCAGUCCCGGUGGGAGCGCGGGUAGUCGCGCGUCCAGCCCCUGCGCUCGCUCCAGGACUCCGCCCGCGAGCGGACGCGCCGCCGCGCCCACCCCGAAGCGUAGACGUAGCGACACAGACGCGUCGCCGCCGCCGACCAAGCUGCACGCGAACAGCGUCAGCAAGCGCGGCGUCGAGACGGCGGUGGCGCCCCCUAACGGCCUGCUGCCGGGGACGCUGCUGGGCGCGGACGCACGCUAUCUCGCUGCACCUCAGGAAUGUCGCGACGACUCUCCGCCGGACCCCGGGCGCACGCGCUCGGACGCGGCGACGUCAGAGGUGGCGACCCCGUCCCGCGGCGGCGGCGGGGUGAAGCUGGCGAAGGUGAAGACUACGGCGGAGCUGAUAGCGGGGCUGAAGGCUCACAACACGCCGGCGGCGUCCAUGAUGAACUCUCCGACGAUGGACGCGAUCGCGGCGCGCAGAAUCCGCGACCUCACGCACGACGAGGAGCAAAGCAGACGCGCGUCCGUCAUCCCGGACUCGAUGCGCAAACGUAAGUACACGCGACGGAAAGCCGCCGCCGCCGCAGCGUCGUCGCCGCUGCUGCCCGCCGCCUCCGACACCGACCUCUCCAAGGUCAAGACGGAGAUGGUCGCCAAGUUCCUGGAGACGUCGCGGCCUCCGCCCGCGUCGGCGUUCGGCAGCGCGAGCGAGCCGCCCACGCGACCCGACUCCCCCACGCUGCGACCUCUAUCCAAGGUCGCGUCUGGCGUCGACCUCUCCUUCAUCUACUCUAAGCUCGAGGGGCGGGAGGCGCGCCCUGGUGGCGGCGGCGGCGGGCAGGCGGGGCCACCGCUACCCGACUGGGUGCUCGACCACGAUCCCGACCGAUCGAACGAUGCUAGCGCCACCUACCCUAAGUCACCAGUUGCCAAAUCGGAGCCGCUCCCGGGUCGGGAACGCGUAACGAUAGAGGAGGAGCUACGCGCGAUAUACGGCCAGCUCUCACCCCUGAGGGAGGUCGCAGGGGAGGAGGAGGAGCAGCAGCAGGAGGAGGAGGAAGGAGAGGAGGCGGAGGAGGUAGAGAGGAAGCCAGUGACAGAGGAGGAGGUCGAUAGGAUAUGCAACGAGCAGUGGGAGGGCGUGAAUGGUUGGUACGACCACCAGGGGGCGUGGAAGGACUGGAAUUUGUGUUUUUCUCAUCCCUCGCACGCUGGUGAAUUCGUUCACGUGCUGCCUUAUGUAAAUAUAGACGAAUGAGGAACGAAAUGCGAUAUAUAUAUAUAUUAUAUCAGCGAAUACCUAUUUAUAUUUUGUUGCCUGUUUAAAAAAAGUAUUAUCGAAUAUAUGGACCGAGAGCCCGUAGGAGAAGGAUAGAGAGCUGUGGGGUUUCGAAAGCUGUGCGUGCGUACGUGGUGGGCGUGCGUAGUGAGCGUGCAUCCAUGAGUGUGUGCGUGUGCGUGUGUGUGUACGUGUGUCCGCGUGUUGAGUGUGCGUGCUUGCGUGUGGUGGGUGUGUGCAUACGCGUGGGGCGUGAGUGAGUGAGUGAGUGAGUGAGUGAGUGAGUGAGUGAGCGGCCGAUUACCUGAUGCUGGUGCCUCUUAAGUUACGCGUUGAGAUCCGUUCUCUAUUUAAAAAAAAACUAAUUUCCUUUCCACAUACAGUGGGUGACGCCUGCGCGUAUGUGGGCCGACGCGGGGGUGGGGGUUGUGAUUGUUGGCAGAUAUUGUGUCACCGGUGUAGUCCGUGCGAUGUAGAGCUUCUACUGGAGUUAGCGAUUACUCAGUGGGUCGUUAUGUACAUGCAGGCGUGUGUGUGCACGCGCGCGCCUGUAAUUGCCAAUUGGACAUGUAAUUUUUUUAAUAUCGGGGCAGGGCUUCUAAACCAGUUUCCGACAUUCCAUGCAUCUGUGAUAAGGUUUCCCCGACUGCUGCUGCUGCCUGGCCGCAGGUUUGACGCAAACACAGACGCCGUACGAGCGACCGAGAUGUUUGAUUCGCUGCGAUCGCUGCCAUCGCACAGACGUGGUUUGGGCAAAAUUAUCCUCGUUUGUGAAUUCCCAGACUUUCAGCGAUUGUUUCGGUAAGGUGGAGACUCGAAAGCAAGACAACUGGUGCAGAGCGGGGAUUGGACCCAUGUUGAAUGUUGGUCAUGUACGUUAUGUGCAUGUGCAACGAGUGAGAUAACUGGAGGUGAGAGAGGGGGAGGGGUGGAAGAGAGAG